CACAGUCUGCAGCGGGAACGUUCGCUGCUAAGGGAGAGUGAGAACCCUGAGCGCGCCAACUGCUGCUGCACGGUCCUCAGCAGCGAUGGCUCUUAAGGACUACGCGCUGGAGAAAGAAAAAGUGAAGAAAUUCCUACAAGAGUUUUACCAGGAUGACGAGUUUGGCAAGAAGCAAUUCAAGUAUGGGAACCAGUUGGUUCGACUGGCUCAUCGGGAACAAGUGGCAAUGUACAUAGACCUAGAUGAUGUAGCCGAGGAGGAUCCUGAGCUGGUGGAUUCAAUUUGUGAGAACACCAAGCGCUAUGUGAGGCUCUUUGCUGAUUCUGUUCAAGAGCUGCUGCCUCAAUACAAGGAGAGGGAGGUGGUAAAUAAAGAUGUCCUGGAUGUUUACAUUGAGCACCGACUGAUGAUGGAGCAGCGGAGCCGGGACCCUGGGGCAGCCCGAAGCCCCCAGAACCAGUACCCUCCUGAACUCAUGCGUAGAUUUGAACUGUACUUUCAAGGCCCAAGUAGUAAUACGGUAACUGUACGUGGAAUUGUCACUCGUGUCUCUGAAGUUAAACCCAGAAUGGUGGUGGCCACUUACACUUGUGACCAGUGUGGGGCAGAGACCUACCAGCCGAUCCAGUCUCCCACUUUCAUGCCUCUGAUUAUGUGCCCGAGCCAAGAGUGCCAGACCAAUCGUUCAGGAGGGCGACUAUAUUUGCAGACACGUGGCUCCAAAUUCAUAAAAUUCCAGGAGAUGAAGAUGCAAGAACAUAGUGACCAAGUGCCCGUGGGAAAUAUUCCUCGUAGCAUCACAGUGUUGGUAGAAGGAGAGAACACACGGAUUGCCCAGCCUGGGGACCACAUCAGUGUCACUGGUAUCUUCUUGCCAAUCUUGCGCUCUGGGUUCCGGCAGGUGGUACAGGGUUUACUCUCAGAAACUUACUUGGAAGCCCAUCGGAUUGUGAAGAUGAGUAAGAGUGAGGAUGAUGAGUCUGGGUCUGGAGAACUGAGCAAGGAGGAGCUGAGGCAAAUUGCAGAGGAGGAUUUCUACGAAAAGCUGGCAGCCUCCAUUGCUCCAGAAAUAUAUGGGCAUGAAGAUGUAAAGAAGGCGCUGCUGCUCCUUCUGGUGGGAGGUGUGGACCAGUCUCCUCGGGGCAUGAAAAUCAGGGGCAACAUUAACAUCUGCCUGAUGGGGGACCCUGGUGUGGCCAAGUCUCAGCUCCUGUCUUACAUUGAUCGCCUGGCCCCCCGCAGCCAGUACACAACAGGUCGCGGCUCCUCUGGAGUGGGGCUUACAGCAGCUGUGCUGAGAGACUCUGUAACUGGAGAACUGACCUUAGAGGGUGGGGCCCUCGUACUGGCUGACCAGGGUGUGUGCUGCAUCGAUGAGUUUGACAAGAUGGCUGAGGCUGACCGCACAGCCAUCCAUGAGGUCAUGGAGCAACAGACUAUCUCCAUUGCCAAGGCAGGCAUUCUAACCACCCUCAAUGCCCGUUGCUCCAUCCUGGCUGCUGCCAACCCUGCCUAUGGGCGCUACAACCCUCGCCGCAGCCUGGAGCAGAACAUACAGCUUCCUGCCGCACUCCUCUCUCGAUUUGACCUUCUCUGGCUAAUCCAGGACCGCCCUGACCGAGACAAUGACCUACGGUUGGCCCAGCAUAUCACCUAUGUACACCAGCACAGUCGGCAGCCUCCCGCCCAGUUUGAACCUUUGGACAUGAAGCUUAUGAGACGAUACAUAGCUAUGUGCCGGGAGAAACAGCCCACGGUGCCAGAGUCUCUGGCCGACUAUAUCACAGCAGCAUAUGUGGAGAUGAGGCGAGAGGCUUGGGCUAGUAAGGACGCCACCUAUACUUCUGCCAGGACUCUGCUGGCUAUUCUGCGACUAUCCACUGCUCUGGCACGUCUGCGAAUGGUGGACACAGUAGAAAAGGAAGAUGUGAAUGAAGCCAUAAGGUUAAUGGAGAUGUCAAAGGACUCACUACUGAGUGACAAGGGACAAACAGCUAGGACCCAAAGACCAGCAGAUGUGAUAUUUGCCACUGUCCGGGAGUUGGUCUCAGAAGGCCGAAGUGUCCGGUUUUCUGAGGCGGAGCAGCGCUGCGUAUCUCGUGGUUUCACACCUGCCCAAUUCCAGGCAGCUCUAGAUGAGUAUGAGGAAUUAAAUGUCUGGCAGGUCAAUACUGCCCGGACUCGGAUCACUUUUGUCUGAUUCCAACCUACUUGUGACGCUGGGGUCUACUCUGCAGUGUGUGUGUGCGAACGUCCCUCCCCCUUCCUUUAAAGGCCUGAAUUGCCCUUGAGGGGAAAAGAGGAUCUCUUCUUUUUUCUGAGCUGCACUUGUUUUAUUCAUUUAGCUAAUAAAGUGUUUGUAGAUUGCUACCUUUUGUUAAAA